CUUCCAGCCGUAAAGCGGUGUGCCGUAUUCCGGUUGGUGGAUGUUGUGGAGCUGCACUUGUACCAGGAUGCGGAUGUUUACAUUAAAGACCUUUUUAAUAACGUUUUUGUUACUUUUAUUGGAACAACGAGGCAUCUUUGCUCUUCAAGAUGUAACUGUGGAGCUGUUCGGGACCAACAAGUAUGGGACGGUGGCGGCGUUUGGUGACUUCAACUCGGAUAAACAGACUGACAUCUUUGUCAUCAGAGAGCAAUCUGAGGUAGUGAUUUUCUUGGCUGACUCCAAGUCUCCUUACUUCAAGCCCAAAGUUAACAUCACCAAGGGCAUGUUGCCAGGGGACAAAACUAUCACCAGUGUUGUUCCUGGAGAUUAUGAUGGAGACUCUCAGAUGGAUGUCCUUCUGACAACUCAGGACAAAUCUUCAAAUACAUCAGUUUUCAUUUUCUGGGGAAACAACCACACAUUAGAAAUCUCUAAGCGGUAUACCCUGAAUUUCACCUUAACAGAUCAGCCUCUUGUUAUGGAUUUCAAUGGCGACAUGAUUCCAGAUGUCUUCGGGGUGACCACGCCUCCCCAAACUGUAGUCUGUUAUCUUACCAAAAGGAUUCAAGAGUGCAGGAAUGAUUUUAAUAAAUCAAUCAGAAUGCGCACUCCUCACUCUAAUGCUUUCAUUGACCUCGACAAGGACUUCACUGCUGAUUUGUUCCUGACGACUGAAGAUGGGAACUUUGAGACUUGGCUAAAUAAGGACGGGGCCUUCGCCAAGGGGGAAGUCGUCUCAAGUCCAGCAAAAAAAAUCGGGCAGUCCUCCUUUGUCGACUUUGAUGGAGAUGGCUAUCAGGAUCACCUUCUCCCCGCUUGUUUGGAUGAAGCCUGUCAGAAGAGUGUCAUCUACAUCGCCAAGCAGAGUACAGAAGAGUGGGUGGAGGUCCUGUCCGAUUUCAAGCAAAGGGACACUGUUUGGGGCUUUGUACCAGGAGACGCCAUCCAUCCACUGGUCCUGCAUCUCGGUGACUACAACCUGGACGGCUUCCCUGAUGCGCUAGUGAUCCUCCGCAACACCAGUGGCAGUGAUCAGCGGGCCUUCCUGUUGGAGAACGCUCCCUGUAACGCCCCCAACUGCAGCAGCGUGGGACGAAUGUUCCGCAUCCACUGGGACCAAACGGACCUGGGAGCGAUCCAGAAGGCCGUCAUGGCUACUUUCUUUGACAUCUAUGAGGACGGAAUAUUAGACAUGCUCAUCCUGAGCGAGGCAGAGGGCAAAAGCGACUUAAUGAUCCACGCAUUGAAGAACAAUUUUGAAGCUGAUGCCUAUUUUGUUAAAGUGAUGGUGCUCAGCGGCCUCUGCUCUAACGCCUGUCCUGACGAUGUCAAGCCGUUUGGUGUGAAUCAGCCAGGCCCUUAUGUCAUGUACACCACAGCGGACUCUAAUGGCUACUUGAAAAAUGCCUCAGCUGGUCAGCUGAGCCAGUCGGCUCAUUUCUCCCUGCAGCUGCCCUACACUGUGCUGGGCCUCGGACGCAGCGCCAACUUUCUGGACCACCUCUUCGUUGGCAUUCCCAGGAAGCCUGGAGAAACGGAGACGAGGAAACAUGAGUGGACAGCCAUCAUUCCCAACUCUCAGCUCAUAGUCAUUCCCUUCCCACACAAUACUCCCCGCAGAUGGAGAGCAAAGUUGUACCUCACUCCUAGCAACAGCGUCCUGCUGACGGCCAUCGCGCUGAUCGGCGUGUGCGUCUUCAUCCUUGUGAUUAUCGGCAUCCUCCACUGGAAAGAGAAGAAAGCAGACGACCGAGAGAAAAGGCAGGAAGCCCACCGUUUCCAUUUUGACGCCAUGUGAAGGAGCAGCGCUGCGCCACGGGAACGCCUGACCCCUGACCCCCCUCCUCAUCCAGACGCUCAGUUUGACCCACACUCAUUUCAGGGGCCAAUAAAUUGAUACUCGUGCCCUAAAGCGUUUCUUUUUUCUUUUUUAUAUCCUUUUCAGUCAAUGAGUCGGAUGUGAAAUAUUUAUGUUCCAUUUGAUUUAUUCAUUCCGGUGUUAGAAGCACGUCCUGACGGGGAGCACUGUGGAGGUUUAAAGCAGCGGCUUCUCGGGACGGACUCAACAGAGAUUUGUGUUUGCACGUAACUCCACAUCUGCUUGUUGCUAUGGUUUUUAUUUAAGUAAAACUUCCAUUAAAGGUUAGCAUCUGUUGGGUCAAGUGUUGAAAGUGGGUAAUGUUAACUUGAAAUCCAUGUCAUUUCUUAUCAUUUUUGUAGUUUUUUUUGUUUUUUCCUCUUCUGGCUUUUUCCUGUGAAUUUGAACAGAUUCACCAGAAGCUGAAUGGAAAAUGAAUAGAAGUGGACCGGUACAAGUCGAAGCUUUGCUUGACUGCAAAUUCAGAUUUUCCCCAGCUGAUUGUAUCAAAGCUUAUCACAGAAGUAAAAAAUAAAAAUAAAAGUAUCUGCAACACUUCUGCACCGGGCUGAGGGAACAGUCUGAACACUGUCGGUCCUGCUGAGCCAAGCCCAGUUUACUGUGAUAGGAACUGGAUUCUUCUGUCUUCUUAAAGCUGAAGCAAAAAUAUGUUGAUUUUUUUUCCAUAUUUAUUAAAACUGCCAUCAUGUUGUGACAGUUUUGUAUGAGAGAAAUAAUCUGUGAAAAAAUUGUGCUCCUCCACUUCUUUGGUGUUCUGCUAUCAUGGUCUGCAAAAAUGCUCCGCCCCUUAUCAAAAACAAAAAAUCAGAGCCAGGAGGAGGGCUUAGCGCUGUCAAUCAUCCUCAUGUACUUGCUGCUCAAUAUGUUAAUGGUGGACAAACAGAAAAACUAUUUCUCCAAUCAUUGGUAGCUAUGCUAACUGUUGGGGUGAGCCUGCUGUAUCUGAAGUGAUUGACAGCACUAAGACCCUCCUCCUGUCUCUGAUUGGUUCUUUCUGACUGGGUGGCGUAUUUCUGUUGUCAGUUCUGGGAGAAGGCAGAGGUGAAAAUAAUCUUUUUCACAGAUUAUUUGUCUUACAUUUCUGUCACCACAUAAUGAUGUUUUAACAAAACAUAUGUUUUUGUAAAAGUCACAUACUUCAGCUUCCAAACCUUGAUUGAGCCACGCCCUCCGACUCGCCAUGUUAUUUAUUUUUUUUCCACCGAUGAGCUACACGCCGUCGAUGUUUGCACUUUCUAAGCUAAUUAUUAAUCGUGGGUGUGUUUUACUGUAAUUGAUUAUGCAUCGUGAAUUCUGCUUGCAAAUGAAUGUUCAGGCAUCUAACCGUGUUUAGCUUACAUGUUGGCUGAGAAUAAAGGUUUCUUCUCGUGUCA